AAGCCGCGCAGAGCUCUUGUCUCGUCCUGUCCUGUCUUUCCGAGCGUGACUUGGCGUGUGUUUGAUUUAUUUACUAUUCAUUUCGUUGUCCUUUACGAAAUUAACUAAUUCUUCACUCGAGCGAUCUAGAGUUACGCAAGGAGGAGUUGAGAAGUUCUGGAGGUUUCGAAAAAAAAAAAGGCUGAUCUAAUUAUUAGAAACACGUGAACGGAGAUCCCGGGUGGUUGCUGAGGAAGUCUUCCGACGGGAAACAUGAAUUAUGCUCGUUUCCUCACAGCUGUCAGUGCAGCAAGGAAACCGUCGCCCAUCAGAAUGCUGACGGAGCUGCAGCAGCGCUCGCCCCCGUCGCUGAUUUCGCUGGCCGCAGGCGCGCCCAACCCCAACACGUUCCCCUUUGAGUCGGCCACCAUCAAGGUCAAGAACGGCCCAGACGUCUCCUUCGACCGGGUGUCCAUGAAAAGGGCUCUUCAGUACUCUGCUUCCAGCGGAAUCCCCGAGCUGCUGACGUGGAUGAAGAACCUGCAGAAGAGUCUCCACGACCCGCCGACGGCGUCCUACAGUCCCGAGCGGGGACAGAUGGACUUGUGUGUCACCACGGGGAGCCAGGAGGGACUCUGCAAGGUGUUCGAGAUGCUGGUCAAUCCAGGAGACGACGUCCUGCUGGACUCGCCCACCUACCCCGGAACACUGGCGGCGCUCCAGCCGUUGGGUUGCAACAUCAUCAACGUCGCCAGCGAUCAGCACGGCAUGAUACCGGCCGCCCUCAAGGAGGUCUUGUCCCACUGGGACCCGUCGGACGCUCGCAGGCCCAAGCUGCUCUACACCAUCCCCAACGGGGGGAACCCCACGGGGGCAUCCAUGACGGAGCAGAGGAAGAGGGAAGUCUACGAGCUGGCGAGCUUGUACGACAUGCUGAUCAUCGAGGACGAUCCGUACUACUUCCUGCAGUUUGACAAGCCCCGGGCGCCGACCUUCCUCUCCAUGGACGUGGACGGCCGCAUCAUCAGAACCGACUCCUUUUCCAAGAUCCUGUCUUCGGGCUUGAGGAUGGGCUUUGUAACGGGUCCCAAGCCGCUGGUCGAGCGGGUGGUGCUGCACAUCCAGGCCUCCACCAUGCACACCAGCACCUUCACGCAGCUCAUGGUGUCGCAACUGUUGCACAGCUGGGGACAAGAUGGCUUCCUUCAGCACGUAGACGGGGUGAGUGAGUUCUACAGAAAACAGCGCGACGCCAUGAUUAGCUCCGCUCACAAGUGGCUCACAGGUUUGGCCAAAUGGCACAGUCCCUCGGCCGGGAUGUUUCUGUGGAUGGAGCUGAUGGGCGUCAGUGACACCAGGCAGCUUAUCAUGGAGAAGGCCUUGGAGAAAGAGGUGCUGCUGGUCCCAGGCGGCGUGUUCAUGAUCGACAGCGACGAGCCGUGUUCUCACGUCAGGGCGGCGUAUUCGCUAUCCACGCCGGAACAGAUUGACCUGGCCUUUGGUCGUCUCGCCGCACUCAUCAAAGAGGCCUCGUGAUUUGGGAUGAACUGUCCGCAAAAAUACCGUUUUUUUUCAUGUAUAAUGCGCGAAAUGUAACUAAUUUAUUGUCCUCAAAUCUGGGGUGCGCAUUAUACAUGGGUACGAUUUUUUUUUUAAUCCGGAUAUGAUACGGAGGCCGCCAUUACAGAUGCGCUUUCUUUCUUCUCUGCUGUUCACUUCAAACACAAUGCUCUGGUAUCAGACAAGGCUCGCUCGAUCACCUGCUCGUUUGCUGUCACAAUGUACCCUACGCAAAUCCGAAACAUUUCUUCGCUAUCGAGUUUGCUAGCGCAUGCGCAGUGAUACUGACCGGCAGAAUAACAUCCGGUUGUUCCCAAAGAUGAUCUUUUUUCUGAAAUAAUUUUACAUUUACGGACUUAAGUAGGAGUCCAAAUUUGGGUGCGUAUUGUACAUGGGUACAGGCUUUUUUCCAGCAUCGACAUGCCAUUUUUAGGGUGCGUAUUAUACAUGGGGGCGCAUUAUACAUGGAAAAAAACGGUAAUUGAAUUGCAAAUGUUUUCCCCUCAAUCUCGCAAUAUUUUUUUUCUUUCUGUAUGAUACAAUCUCAAAUUGACAUAAAGUCCAGAGAAACAGA